AUGGCCAUCACCCUCUCCUCGUCCUCGGACGACGACCUCGUCGCCGCGCGACUGCGCCCGACCUCGACCAUGAUCCUGUCCGACUCGUCCGACGACGACGUGAAUGUCUUGGCGCUCCCGACUCGAGCGCACGAGCAGGUCAUGCCGCCGCCGAGCACCGCCGCACCCCGGCUCGUCGACUCGGCCGCCGCUCCACGGCCAUUCGCUCCACCGCCGCACGCCGGCGGAGCUGCGCGCAAGAGCAGCCUCGGCCGAGCUCGUCUGCAGCCUCGUCGCACCCUCGUCACGAAGCACGGCGCGCCGCAGCCGUCGCAGCGCCCGUCGACCUUGCGCACCGUCGUCAAGCCCGAGCCGGACGACGACGACGAGGCGCUCGCUGCGGUCCGAGCGUUGCGUUCCGAGGGCUCCAUCGCAAACGCACUCGAUCCUCGUCUCGAAGCCAUUCCCUACCCGUUCGACGUCUCGAUCCGCCUCGAAGAGAUCCGCCUCGCGCUCAAGAAGGAGCCAACUCGGCCUGUCGUCAAGCUCGACGUCGCGUUUCGCCACGUCGACCAGUCGUCGAGCAGCGCCACGUCCGCCGCAUCGACCUCUUUCCCCCUCCCUGUCCCGCCGCACUUUGCUGCUGGCUCGCUCGUCGCUUUUGCCCUCCCCGACCGCCUCUCCACGCAUUCCUUCCACGUCCCGGGCAACCCGUCCAUCCCGCUCGACGCGCCAGACCCGCCCUCCUCGUCGUCGGCGUCCUCUCGCCGACUACCACGCCCCGACGUCCGCGACGUCCUCAUCCGCGUCUCGAUCGUCGACUCGGCCCUCGAUCUCGCCCCGGAGAAGCUCUACGACAGCGCGACCGCCAUGACCGAGGGCUCGCGGCUGUCGCUGAGCGGCGAGCGAGCGCUGCGUCGGUCGGCGGCAGGGUCGCAGGUCGCCGUCAGCUGGAGGGUCGAGCUCGAGAACGACGGCAGCAGGCCUGGACCGGCGACGGACGAGGUCCUCGAGAAGUGGCUCGAGCAGGAGAUGAGGCGGUGCGAGACGGAGUGGAGGAAUGAGGUGGCCGAGCGGGCUUUGCGACAAGUCGAGAUCGAGGCGCACCCGCACCCGGCCUACGGCCCUCCUCGGCAUCUCGUGCUCGACCCGACCGCACCCUCUCCUGCCGGCCUCAUCCCGGGCCUCGCCGCCGACGUCCCACCCCUUGCCCAACCUGUCGCCUUUGCGCCCAUCCCUCGGUACCACUACACGGGCUUCGCGAGUCGCGGCGUCCCGCUCGUCGGAAGCCUCCUCGAGUCGUUCCCGCAGACCAAGCACUGGGAGGACCCGAGCGCGGCCAAUGCGCACGUCGCGGAGCGUGUCCUCCAGGCGUUCGACCCGGGAUCGGACGAUGAGGACGAGCGAGGGAAGGACCCGGACAAGGCCGAGCGGGAGCGAGCCGUCGAGAGCGAGUGGAGGACCAAGAACCUCGUCGAGUACGGGUCUUUCGACGCGCCAGAUCCAGGUCGUACGACUCGCGACUUUGCCGUCCUCAAGCGCCUCUUGUCGCACCUCAAGGUCGACCUCGUCGAGCUCGCCCAGCUCGAGCGCGAGGCCAAAGCGCAGGAUGACCUCGAGAACCGCGUCGAGCUCGACCACUUUGCGUUCGAGCGCUCGUUCGACGAGGGCCACGUGUUGCGCCGGGCGCUCAAGCUGUUCGAGGAGCGCACGGGACGGUCGGCCUUCCAGGUGCAGCAGGAGUACCGCCUUAUUGACGACGAGCAGAUCAUCACGGCCGACGAGAGCGCCGACUGCUGCUGGUUGUGCGGUGCCUACCUCUGCUCGGUUCACGCAGGCAUGCUCUGCUCGUACAACGAGCCGACCAAGGCCCCGUUCGACCCGACCGAGCACGAGCGAGAUGGCUGUCCCGACUGCGGCUCCUCGACGUGCCUGUACGACGCUCAGCAAGUCCGCAACGAGGCUGUCGGCGCCUCGGUCGACGCUGUCCAAGAUGCGCUCAAGAAGGUGCUCCUCGACGAGGACAUGCCGCCGCUCGAUCCCUGCACCGCCAGCCUCCUUCUUCAGCGCUCCCUCGACACAGAUCAGCCGUCGUCCGAGGCCAGGUCCCGUCGCUCGCGCGCCAAGAACAACGAGAGCAACAAGUGGCGCAAGCUCGAGCUCCCGCCAAACCAGUCGAGCGGCUACUCGCCGUGCGACUGUGUCGACCGCUGUUCGGCCGACUGCCUGUGCGUCGAGGCCAAGACGUACUGCGACCGGUGGUGCGCCUGUCCGCCAAGCUGUUCUCGCCGCUUUCGCGGCUGCGUCGACCACGAUUGCGCCGUGUCGAGCAAGUGCUGGUGCCUCGACCGGUCCCGCCAGUGCGACCCGCAGAUCUGCGGCUGCAACGCCGCGACGUGCUCGAACAGCGCCAUCCGCCUCGGUCGACGAAAGGCGACCGCCGUCGUCCGCUCGCAAAUUCCUGGAGGUGGCUUUGGCGCCAUCCUGCUCGAGCCGGCCACGAAGGACGAGUCCGUCGACCUUUACGGCGGCGAGCUGCACCCGCAAGGCCUCACCGACUCGCCGACGAUGGAGAGCAAGUGGGGUCAUUGGCGAGCGACCUUUGCCGACGGCGUCGAGCAUUCGUACUGGUUCGACGUCGACGGCGGCGACGCGAUCGACAGCCUGCUGCUCGGCAACGUGAUCCGGUGCGUCAACCACGACCGCGAGCGCGCCAACGUCGUCCCGAGAAUCGUCAACGUCGCAGGGACCCACCAGAUCGCUCUCUACACUCUGCGCGACCUCGAGGCGGGCGACGAGCUGCUGCUCGACUACGGCGAGGCGUACCUCGAGCCGUGGAUGGAGCGAGGCGGCGGGUCAUAG